GUGGUGCAGCAAGUACAACGACAGAUAUGAAGGUCCUCGCGUUGGUGGUGGCGGUGUCGCUGGCGGCGAUGGCAGCAGCGAAGGCGCCCUCUUCCAGCUACGGGGCGCCCUUCCCCCAGGCGCAGCGCCAGCAGGCGCCGCCAAAGCCCAGGGAUCAGCCCAGGCAACAGCCGCUGCCCCAGACGCAGCAGCAGCCGCAGGCGUUCGCCCAGACGCAGUCGCUCCCGGCUUUCUCAGCACCUGCGUCUUUCUCACCGAUCUCGAGCGCUAGCCCGCGCCUAUUCGGCAGGCAGUUCUUCAUCCCGGCACCAGAACCGUCACGCCUGUCGGACUUGUACCGCCUGCCCAACGAGUACGGCCCGCCACCGGCCACUUUCACCACUACGACUGAGGCCGCCACCACCACGACCGAGGUCCCAACCACUGUCGCUCCUGCUGAUUCUGGGUUCGCCGGUGGCCGCAACGGGGCACUGCGUGAGGCAGAGGAGAGCGGCGUGUACUACGUGCUGCAGCCAGACGGCCGCCUGCAGCGCAUCGCCUACGCCCACGGUCCCGCCCCCGCAUCUGCCGCCCCCCAGCAGCAGCAGCGCGCAGCAUCCAGUGAGCUGUCUGCCCUGCAGCAGCCAGCGCUCACCCCUGGAUACCUGGCACGCUUCCAUUACCAGGACCUGCAUCCUGCCGGCGCUCCCAUCUACACGUAUGGAAAACCCGAACUCGUGCGUGUCAAUUAGGUUGACUGUACCUAUCUCUCUAUUUCUACUUCCAAAAAUAAUGUGGAAAACUGCAAGUCAUUAAUCCUUCAAAUAUCUGAAUGCAACUCAAUCUUAUACAAUUACUCAAAGUGCAUAACAUGUGUGAAAUCAGCAAAUUUUUUGGUGCUACCAUGCACAGUGAUAAACCGUCAUAUGUAAUUUCAUAUGGCCAGACAAAGUAUCUUCACAUUGUUGAAUAACUACUUUGUGAUAUCACGUUGCAUCUAGGAAUCUGCAAUUACCUCAUAAUUAAAAUAUAUCCGCAGAACCCUAUAUUCAAUCUCAGUAGCUUAUGAAGGCACAGAAAAAUGCCAAUAUAACAACACAGUCUAUUUCCUCUGAUCUCACAUAUGACUUGACGGACGAAAUUACACCUCAAAUGUUUGUAACUGUUAGACAAUGAAUGGCAAAUAAGUCACCUUUUGCAAUCCAGACUAUUUCAGUUUCAGACUUACUGACUUCCAGUUAU